UUUGCUACGCAAACACAGGAGAUGGAAACACCGGCCGAAGAUCCGCAGACGUUCACCCGCGGAGGGAUCGCUUUUGGAGCCGAGGGCGAGGCAGUGGAUAUCGCAGUAGACGACAUCGAAGACGAGGACGCCGCACCGAUGACUUUCACUGAUGCCAACAACUAUGCACCCAUCUUCAACGUGGACUUCGCAGGAACUCGUAAUGUGCUAAUGGGGCAGACUGAAGCGCAACAGUGCGAUGCUGGGCCUGGAGGACAGGAUUUUGCCGCGUCGCAGAAAGCGAUACAAC